UCAUCACUCACGAGGAAAGCCCCUUGAUAACCCCUACCUCUUUCUUACCUGAUCAUCCUCACUUGCUCCAAUAUGCGUACUGCUGCCUUCCUCUUCUCUCUCCUGCCAUUGGCAGCGGCUGCCCCGGCCAAGCGGGCCGAGCCAGCCCCCCUAAUCAAGCCUCGAGGAUCUCAGCUCGUCGAGGGCAAGUACAUUGUCAAGCUCUACGAAAACGCCGCCAUCUCGGCUCUCGACGAUGCGAUGAGCAACUUUGAGGGUGAUGCAGACCACGUAUACAAUGUACAGGGUUUCAAGGGGUUUGCCUCUGCCCUGACGGCCGAUUCCCUCGAGAAGCUACAGAACCACCCCGAUGUGGAGUUCAUCGAGCAGGAUGCCAUCAUGAGCAUCAACGCAUACACCACCCAGUCUGGCGCUCCUUGGGGUAUUUCUCGUCUAUCCCACAAGACUGGUACGAGCGGCUACGUAUACGACUCUACCGCCGGCGCCGGUACUUGUGCUUACGUCAUUGACACUGGUAUCUACACUCAGCACACGGAGUUCGAGGGUCGUGCUACAUUCGCCGCCAACUACGUCGAUAGCUCUAACACUGACGGAAACGGUCACGGUACCCACGUUGCCGGCACCAUCGGCAGCAAGACUUACGGUGUAGCGAAGAAGACUCAGCUCUAUGCUGUUAAGGUCCUCGACUCCAGCGGCUCCGGUACCACGUCUGGUGUCAUUGCCGGCAUGAACUAUGUCACUUCCGAUGUGAAGACUCGGUCUUGCCCCGCCGGCGCUGUCGCUAACAUGUCUCUCGGUGGCGGUUCCUCUUCAUCUAUCAACAGCGCCGCUAAGGCUAUGAUUAACGCCGGUGUCUUCCUUGCCGUUGCUGCUGGCAACGACAACCAGAACGCCGCUAACUCUUCUCCUGCCUCUGAGCCCAGCGUCUGCACUGUUGGUGCCACCACCAACGCCGAUGCUCGUGCCAGCUACUCCAACUACGGUUCCGUGGUCGAUAUCUUCGCCCCUGGCACCAACAUCCUUAGCACAUGGAAGGGCGGUAGCACUAACACCAUCUCUGGCACUUCUAUGGCUACCCCUCACAUCGCUGGUCUCGGUGCUUACCUCCUGGCCCUCGAGGGAAGCAAGUCUCCCCAGGAGCUCUGCAGCUACAUCGCAUCCACUGCCAACUCGGGCGUCCUAACCAGCAUUCCGAGCGGAACUGUCAACAAGCUCGCCUUCAACGGAAACCCCAGCGGUUAAACGGGGAUGUUUACUACCAGCAUAUCUUCCUUCGUUGACACGAGGUCAUCGGGGUUGGUGUCUCCCUUCGAUGCUCCCUAACAUAAAUCAAUACGACCAAUAUUCCUUCACGCAAUAGUAAUUCGAGGUCGCGGAAAUGGUGGGCAUUUUUGGGGCAUGGUCUUGGCAACUCUUUUUGUCUCCACGGCUAUUCGAAUAGCCUAGGAAGGUAGAAGUACAUACGCAGCUAUUGGUUGUUUUCCCCUGGGGCUUGGUUCACAUCUUCCAUACGAAUUAGCCGCGAACAGAGUAAUUGACUAAUGCAUUGAGCAAAUCGCCUCAUCGGCCGUCAUUCGAGUAUAACCAGAUGAGAACAAUCCCUGAAACACGAUGUGCUAGACGUGAAUGAUGUCUUUCAAUAUAAUAAAGAAAAUUGACUACGCACUCUCCGAAUAGGCACUUAGGGGAACUUUGGUGAAUCCCUCCUUUAAUGCGGUUCGGCAUUUUGAACCUGGGGGAUCUGCAUGCAUACGAGAGAGGACAUGUUUCGCAAUUAUUAAUAAAGCGAGGUAUCAGGUAGGCAUAAUUUCCACCGGGAUGGAAUGAACACGAUCCUAACCUUGCAAUAGAG